CGUGCGAUCAAAACGCAUUUCUCCAACCAGCCUUUUUGCUGGUAGAAUAAGUGAGAAACCGGAACACACCCAGGCCUACACACACCUUCACUGUUCACAAGGGGUUCUACACAACCUGAUCAGUAACACACUUCUGGUCACGUGCUCAUCUUCAGUGGGAAUGUUUUACCUGGAAAGGUGUGUGAGCUCCUCUGCAGAGAGGUCCUGAAGCUGCAGCUUCUUGUGGCCUGACAGUUGCGGCGCGAUGGACAAAGAGCCCCAAACAAAAGUAGAGCUGACAAAAAGUCCAACCACCUCCACUACAACUUCCACCUCCACCACAAGCUCCUCGAGCUCCACCACCUCCAGCGUGAGCUCUCCACAGCCUCCCAAUGGCUCAGCAAAGUGCAGCUCUGCUCUCACGGCGGUCACUACCUUCCACAGCCAGCCUCCACCUUCAGACAGAAAAGUUGCUCAGGUCAAUCUGUUUGGAGAAAGACUGGCUCCUGCUUUCUCAGCUACAGUUUCAUCUCAACAGACUCAAAAAACAGUGCAGGUUCCCAGCAUGCCGGGUUCAGCCGCCUUGGUCCGAGCUGCUCACAGCUCCACCCCCACCAGCACCAAUCACAAGAUCUCACCCCAGGCCCUGCUCGUAGGAAAGAGUCCCACCAGCCAGACCCAGAUGCUCCUGAGGGCUCAGAUGCUGAUUCUAACGUCCACAGUGCGACCUGAUGCCCCUGUCCUCUCCUCCUCUUCCUCCUCCUCUCCCUCUUCCUCUUCACCUCGAUUCCCUUCUUCACAGCUCCAGAGUUUGACACUCCGCCCACCUCCACCCGGUACACUGACCAUUCCACCAAACCUACCCCUGAAGUCCACCUCCUCCUGCCCGCCCCCGGCCCUGACUCGUGCUCGAGUGCCCACCCUAACUCCGAGGCCCAGCCCACCUACUUGCACCCCUGGCAAGGACAUGCCUACUAAGACAGAGGGCGCCACCUCACCACCAACCUCAGCCCCGCCCAAAGCUCCACCUGUACGCCAUCUCACAGUCCCACCUCCAUCUCUUUAUGCUCCAGCUCAGUCUCAUGCACUGGCCAAGCAGAAGUUAAGCAGCAGCAGCCUGAAGAGGCCUCACAGUCAGAUCAGCAUUCCACAGCAUCCGUUCCCUUCACGGCAUCCUCACCCGAACUCAUCUCCGGUCGUACCAAAGAAACCUCUCCCCGAACUGAAGCGCUGUCCAUCCACCCAGGCGUUACCAGGUGGCUCAGGCCAGACGUCCUCCGUGGCCAUCACUGUGCCCAGUCUCAGCCGAUCCCACGUGACUCCUUCCACCUUGACCCUACCGCUGACCCCUGCCUCCACUGGAGGCUCCUUACUGGCAACUAAGCAGCUCCUGAGGAUCGCUCUGUCCUCCGCCUCCGCCUCCACCUCCACCCAGUGCACCAACGGCCAGCCAAAGUCCACCACCAUGUCCCUGUCUCACGACCUCGUCCAGCCGAAGCCUCAACUCUCUGCAUCGGCUAAACCGGAGUGUCCAAUUCCAUCAGUGCAGAACUCUAGCACCUGCCCACAGCUGGUGCAGCUGUCACCCUCCAGACAGACCUGGACGUCUCCUCAAAGAGCUUCUCCUCCAUCUCCGGUCCUCCCACUCACCUGCACCAGCUCCACAUCCUCCCCUGUGCCUCCACCGUCUCCUCUCACCUCCAUCACACACACCACUGACACCACCAAGGAGCUAAAAAGCCCAAAGCUGAAGAUGAAGCCUGGAACGGAGGAAACUCCACAGGAUCUAAAACUUCCUUCUUCACAGACAAAAAGUGUGGAAGGAACUCAAACACCACAGAACACCGUUGUGGAACCAGAGCCUUCAGAACCCGCAGACAAGCUUGCAGUGUGUAAGCGGACGCUGGUGUGUACAGAAGAAUCGCGGUCUCAGAAGACGCCGUCUGUUCCUGUUGCAUCAACGACUAGACGAGAAGAAGACGCCUGUAAGGAAACGUCUAGUCACACAAUCAAUCACUCAGCCAUCUCCAGCUUGUCCUCAGACCUGUCCCUGGUCCAGUCCUCCACGAUACGUCCCUCGGUUGUGUCCCCCGCAGGACAAAGUUCUCCCUACAAAUUCCCAGACGUUUCAGAGAGAGCUCCUGCUCAACAGCCUUCCUCCAGCCACACAGGAGCGACAGAACCCACCAAACCCCUCGUCCUCACCCACCUGGUGGACGGCUUCAUCAUACAGGAAGGACUGGAGCCGUUCCCGGUGAACAGGUCGUCUCUGAUGGUGGGUCCAAACUGUGGUUCAGGACUGAACGGGUCGAACGGACCGGACAUGUUUAACGCCACCUCGGAAUCCCCGGAAAACUCGAGCGAAUCGGACGAUGAGAUUUCCGUCAGAAACAACGGAGUCGACGUCGGCUACAGACUCGUGCUUCAGUGUCACUUCUGUAAGAGAAAAGGAACAGCACAGACCUUCAACCGCUCCAAACGCUUCUGCUCCAAAUCCUGUGCCAAGAGGUUCAGUUACACAAAACGUUUCCGAGCUCUGAGACGCUGCGUCAGUGAAGGAGGACAUCGCUCUGAAUUUAAUGGAGCAGAAGAUGAAAUCGAGGAGGAAACUUUCCAACAGGUGAAGCACGGCACCACGGAGCAGUGGCGGAUUCUCCAGCGCCCCCUGCAGGAGGGAGAGGACGAGGCGGCUGCUCCGAUGAAGACACGACUACGCAGACACACGGAGCAGAGCGUGCGAGAGAGAGACACGAGGACCAGUGAGACUAAAAGCGCUCCGACUUCACCUCUGGACGUAGCAUCACCUACAGACCUGUGUUCACACUCCAGACCUGCGCAGUGGACCGUAGACCAAGUGUGGAGCUUCAUUUCCAAUCUCCCAGGGUGUCAGGACAUCGCCGAAUCAUUUCGAGCGCAAGAGAUCGAUGGUCAGGCCCUGCUGCUGCUCACUGAAGAUCACCUGAUGAGUGCCAUGAACGUCAAACUGGGACCUGCGCUCAAAAUCUGCGCCCGCAUCAACUCACUAAAAGAAGGAGGGAGGUAAAGAGAGGAAAAGAAGAGAGAAGGAACGAGAGAGAGAGAGAGAGUCUCGUGGAUGAUUAGAGCACUUGCGAAUAGAAUAGAGCCAUUUUGUGCACUUUAAUCUUUAAAGAGAUUCACGCAGUGAAGUGAACGUGUCGAGGUCACGUGUGUAUUUUUGCUUGAACUGAUUUAGACUAACAUUACAGUACAGUAGCCUUCCGUAACCUUUAGCCUCUGUCUGAAAGCAUGAUAGCAAUAUAAUGGUCCCAUUAAUUUCCGUGAACAUAAUCUGAGAUCUAUAUCCAGUCCUAGUACGAGGGAAAUGUUCGUGUCUGCUUCUUUUUUCGUAGCCGAUCGGAUGGAAAUCGUUAAUCAGGGUUUGUGGAGUUUCUAUUUUUCACUGAAUGGACGCUUCCUGUGUCUGUGGAGGAUCUAGAAGAUGAUGUGCUGGAAGUGCUAUAAUUGUGCGCAUGUCCCUGCCCCUCCUGUUGUAGAUAUUUUCUUAUCGUACUGUAUAUGUGUACAUGUAUAACGAUGCAGUGCUCUGUGUGUAUAAAUCUAUACAAAAUGUUUUGUGAAGGAUUUGUAAUAUUUAAUAUAUUUGUCUUCUAAGGCUCUAGGAAAUACAAAUGCAACCGAUUUGAGAUUUUUAAAGCGUUUUUAAAAGAAUAAAAAACAACAACAAAAAAAGGUGUUUGACAUGCUGAUAGGAUUAUGUAGGCUGAAUAAAAUGAAAGGAAAUUUAUCGCAGCAUCUUCACUCCAAUGGAAGCGCGGAACCCGAACACAUGGCAGUACACAGGUACUUACACACAGUCUCGCCUAGCGAAGGUACAGCGAUGGUGGUGCCUUUUUCUGACAUGGAGACCGUAUACAACUGCUGUAGACAUUGUACUAUAAUCUUGUGUCAUCCAAGUGUUGUUUGUCACAGUUACAUGACCUUUCUCGUGCCAUUUUUGAUUAUUUAAUUAAACAAACUACAUUUUGUUACUGAA